AUGGAGAUCGCACGUCCAGCCUCCCAAACACACCUGUCACGCUCCCGCUCCCGCUCGCGCCGCUCCCACCCAAACCUCCACCACCUCUCCCUCGCGCCCCUAAGCUCCACCUACAUCGCCUCCGACGCCCACGAAGACUACACCGACCGCGUCCCGCGCAGCUCCUAUAUCCAAUCCGCCACCGCACCCACUACACCCGGCAUCCUCUCGCGCUCAACCUCCCCGACCCACUCCCGCCGCCGCGGCCGCCAACCCGAGAAUCCGCAGUACCAGCACGAAAGCUACUUUCUGACAACCCAUGCGCACCCCAAUGCAGGCAUCACAAAAGCCAAGUCCUCCUCCGCGCUACUAGCGACGCAUCCCUCCCGCCUCAACACCCCGGCCACCACCAACGCCACGGGAAAGACAGCACUGUCCCCAUACGCCCGCGCCAAAGCGACAAAGACGACAGAGCCGGCCGAAGACUCCUGGCUGCACCGGGCAGGCCUCGCGAUCGCGACCUCGACGCGCGAAGACAAGGGCCAGUCGUGGCUCGUGCGGCGCGCGAGCUCCACCAGCUCACUGCCCGCUAUCGACGAUGCCGCGGACAGCUACACCGAGCCUCAUGCGAACCACAACGGGGCGCUCGGCCUCGCGGACGAUGAACUCAGCCCCCAAACACCGCGGUAUAGUCGCCCGGGCAGCAGCUUCGCGACGCCGGGCGCGAGCAGGCGCGGGAGUCGGCGGGGAAGUAGGAGGGGGAGCAAGAUCGAGCUCAUGACGCCUGUGGGGACGAAGACGCCCGGCUCUGCUGAGAAGGAUACGGGGUUCUUUGAAACCGAUACCGCUGCGGCCGUCGAGCCUGAUUUCGUCGGCCUCUCAGGCGAAGACGCAGCAGACUCAGUGGCCGACGAAGAAGUCGUCGCGCGGCUAGCGCGCGAGGCUGGUUUCGGGCUCGGCGGCUGGGUUGAUCGGCUUAUCGGGUGGAGUGUUUUUCGCGUGCAGGAGGAGGGGGAGGAAGGGGAUAGUGAGACGGAGACGGAGGUGGGCGUGCAGAGGAAUGUGUUGGAGAGUGAGGAGGAGCUGAGGAGGAGGCUGGAGGAGGAGAGGGAGAAGAGGAGGGAGGAACGAGAGAGGAUGGUGGCGGCGUCGAGGGAAGCGGUCAAGGAAACGACGGCGCUGCCGGAGGGGGCGGAGGAGGGGGGAUGGCAGGAUGCGGCGUGGCUGUUGAGUGUGGCUAGUAAGGUGCUGCUUUAG